UGCCAAGUUAUUGACAGUAGUAACCAUCCCUCAAGCCAUUUGAAGAAAAUUAUCACAUUUUCAUAAUGACAAGCGACGACGAGUUCUUUUUUGGCUAUCUUGCUUCCAUCCCGAACGAUGUUAAAAAAUACUCGUCUCAGGUUGCAGACUCUGUAAAUGAACAUGUGGAUCACCUUGCAGUAACUGUCCGAGAUGUGUUGGCUCGCCAGUCAUGGCUGCCGCCGGCAGUUAAGCCUCUUGGAAAAUCAGCAGCGAAACGAAUGGUUUCACCCCCUCCACAAUCCAUACUAGAUCGGGCUCAGACCUGGGUAUCAAGAAACCGCGCCUGGACAGCAGCCAUCGUCGCAUUUGUUGGAACUGGAGCUCUCCUGGUCUAUGGAAGCAAAACGCUCAGCACCAAGAAAAGAAAGGCGCGAAGAGCCGGCAAUGGCGCUCGUAAGGAGAUCAUUGUUAUCGCGGGCUCUCCACACGAGCCUAUGACGAGGUCUAUUGCUAACGAUCUCGAACGUCGCGGCUUUAUCGUCUUCAUUACGGUCGCUUCAUCUGAAGAGGAAAGUGCUGUUCGAGCAGAGGGCCGGGAAGAUAUUCGGCCCCUGUGGCUUGACUUAACAACUACGCCCUCGACGCCGUCGGAAAUCCAUCCUUCUCUUCACAUAAUUCAAUCUUUAAUCACCCAACCCCAGGCACCGAUGCCUGGAAUACCACCACAUGUUUGCCAGCUAAGCGGACUUAUAAUCAUACCUCCUACAAAAUUUCCCACAGGGCCUAUCGCAACAAUUCCAGCGUCAAAUUGGGUCGACACUAUAAAUACUCGCCUUCUAUAUCCUAUAUUAACAACACAGCUUCUCUUACCACUUCUUACGUUAAGGAGUAACAGCAGUUCGAUAGUCUUGCUUUCGCCUUCGAUACAGUCUUCCUUAUCAGCACCGUUCGCAACCCCCGAAGUCACAUUAACCCGAGGUCUAUCUGGGUUUGCAAGUAGCUUACGACAGGAACUCCGACUCUUACAACGAGCCCACAACAGCUCUGGCAACGGCAUCGAAGUUAUCGAACUGAAACUUGGGAAUAUUGAUUUGGGCCGCCAGUUCCGGAGUGGCCAGAAUCAAAAUUCAGGAACGGAGGUCCUUACCUGGCAGCCGCAGCAACGGGCUAUGUACGGAUCGACGUACCUGUCCAGUAUCGAUACCAGAGUUGGAAGAUCAGUUGGUGCAGCUUAUGGUAGCCCGGCCAGAGACCUGCAUUUUGCUAUCUUUGACGCCCUCGCGCCAGCCUCCAAGUCGUGGCUGGGCAGGCGUAAACGGAAACAGGCAACUGUUUAUGUUGGUAAAGGGUCCAGAAUUUACUCCAUAGUCGGGAAUAUAGUUCCUAGUGGACUGGUAGGAUGGAUGCUUGGUCUCCGUUCCGGACAGAGUGGUCCACUAGCAGACCUAAAUUGGGAUGCCAAUAGCAGUGGGACUAGCAGUGAAACGGGAUGGGAGAAACUCACUUAAAGCAACCAUAUAUUCGUAUAUAAUGUGCAUAUACUCCUCGUUUGUGAUUUGGUUAUUUUACGGGAAAUGUACAUACCAUGGACGGCGUUUCGAGGGAGGCAUCGCAUGUAUUCGGCAGACAAAUUUGCAAUUCUGCAAUGAUCGUUACCAGGUUUCCUCAUAGGCUAUUUUAUCUCUUCUCUAUUCAUAUCUAUAUUAACUUGUCAAAAGUGCAUUGGUUUAACAUUUGUCUAUUUCCUAUAAGCUUAUCAUUAGCAGCAACCCCUGGUUAGCUAGCUCACUUUACAUUCUCAAGAUGAAUGAGAUACGAUCACCAAGCUGAAAAAUUGAAACCACCCUGUUCAGCCCUCAAUAAUAUGGCUCGCCACAUUUACCGCCUUGAGAUCUACCAAUUCAAAUUUGAAGUUCAAAGAAUUUUGCGCAAAAA